AUGACACAGAAGACAGACGGGCUUAUUCGGCUACUUAGUCCUCCGGAUCAUCCACGUUUCAUUAUUCGUUUUGAUCAUCGUGAUACAGGCCGGUCAACGUCUUUUGCCAAGCCUUCUGACGGUACACCGGUAUAUGCGCUAGACGACAUGGUCGACGACAUCGUAGGGCUCAUUAAACAUCUCAAACUCACAGAAGUGAAUCUCAUCGGCACUAGUUUGGGCGGACCUCUUGCGUGGCAAACAGCUAGUCGUCUACCACAUGUUGUUCGGAGUCUAGCCCUUGUUCUCACGAGUCCAGUUGGGAGGCAACAGCUCCCUCAUGAUAACUUGCCUCAGGUACACUUGGAAGGGCAGUGGCUAUUAGCUGAAGCAUAUGAGAUCCCAGAUGACAAGGAAGAUGACGACGGUUGGAUCCAAUUAUAUAUGCGACUUGACCUUGCUCUAGCAACUCAACCGCCAACGGAAGAGGAAAAGGCCGAAUCGAGAAGGGAGUCUGAGAUUACAUAUUACCGCGAGAAACAGAGCGGGACCAUGUGGACCAAGUAUAACCACUCUGAUGCGUCGGGUGUGAGGUGGCCGCGCGAGUUACUCAAACAGAUCCGAUGUCCGACAGUUGUUAUUCACGCCGCAAAGGACCAGAUUUUCCCGCUAAAGCACGCCGAGGCUCUAAGAGAUGAUGUUGAAGGGGCAACGCUUGUCAUUAUCGAAGACUGCGGGCAUGAGAUACCACAUCGAGUUCGCCAACAGAUGGUAGAUGCGAUUCUCACCAACCUGAAGAGAGGAGAAUAG